GUGGCGGGGGUGGGGGGGCGAGCCGGGAGCGCGCUCGCUCCCAAUCACGGGAGGCGAAGGAGGUGGAGGAGGAGGGCUGCCUUGAGGAAGUACAAGAAUGAAGUUGUGGAGCUGAGAGUGCCCUGCGUCGAGCCCCGGGAGCCGAGCAGAGACCCAGGCAGCCGCCCGGCCCUUCGCCGCCCGGUCCAGCCCGAGCCAUGGGGCCGGAGCCGCAGUGAGCACCAUGGAGCUGGCGGCCUGGUGCCGCUGGGGGCUCCUGCUCGCCCUCCUGCCCUCCGGAGUCGUGGGCACCCAAGUGUGCACCGGCACAGACAUGAAGCUGCGGCUCCCAGCCAGUCCCGAGACCCACCUGGAUAUGCUCCGCCACCUCUACCAGGCCUGUCAAGUGGUGCAGGGUAACCUGGAGCUCACCUACCUGCCUGCCAAUGCCAGCCUGUCCUUCCUGCAGGAUAUCCAGGAGGUGCAGGGCUACGUGCUCAUCGCUCACAGCCAAGUGAGACAGGUCCCGCUGCAGAGGCUCCGAAUCGUGCGGGGCACCCAGCUCUUUGAGGAUCACUAUGCCCUGGCCGUGCUGGACAAUGGAGAUCCGCCCGAGGGGGGCCCCUCUGUGGCAGGGGCUGCCCCAGAAGGGCUGCGGGAGCUGCAGCUUCGAAGCCUCACAGAGAUCCUGAAGGGCGGGGUCUUGAUUCAGCGGAACCCACAGCUCUGCCACCAGGACACGAUCCUGUGGAAGGACAUCUUCCACAAGAACAACCAGCUGGCCCUCACGCUGAUAGACACCAACCGCUCUCGGGCCUGCCAGCCCUGUUCUCCAGCUUGUAAAGACCCCCACUGCUGGGGAGCAAGUUCCGGGGACUGUCAGAGCUUGACGCGAACCGUCUGUGCUGGCGGCUGUGCCCGAUGCAAGGGCCCGAAACCCACGGACUGCUGCCACGAGCAGUGUGCAGCUGGCUGCACGGGCCCCAAGCACUCGGACUGCCUGGCCUGCCUUCACUUCAACCACAGUGGCAUCUGUGAGCUGCACUGUCCAGCCCUGGUCACCUACAACACAGACACCUUCGAAUCCAUGCCCAACCCUGAGGGCCGGUACACCUUCGGAGCCAGCUGUGUGACCGCCUGUCCCUACAAUUACCUGUCAACGGAUGUGGGAUCCUGCACCUUGGUCUGUCCCCUGAACAACCAAGAGGUGACGGCUGAGGACGGAACGCAGCGGUGUGAGAAAUGCAGCAAGCCCUGUGCCCGAGUGUGCUAUGGCCUGGGCAUGGAGCACUUGCGGGAGGUGAGGGCGGUCACCAGCGCCAACAUCCAAGAGUUUGCCGGCUGCAAGAAGAUCUUUGGGAGCCUGGCGUUUCUGCCAGAAAGCUUUGAGGGAGACCCAGCCUCCAACACUGCCCCCCUCCAGCCUGACCAGCUCAGAGUGUUUGAGGCUCUGGAGGAGAUCACAGGUUACCUGUACAUCUCAGCAUGGCCAGACAGCCUGCCUGACCUCAGUUUCUUCCAGAACCUGCGAGUCAUCCGGGGACGAGUUCUGCAUGACGGCGCCUACUCACUGACCCUGCGAGGGCUGGGCAUCAGCUCGCUGGGGCUGCGCUCGCUGCGGGAACUGGGCAGCGGGCUGGCCCUCAUCCACCGCAACGCCCACCUGUGCUUCAUACACACGGUGCCCUGGGACCAGCUCUUCCGGAACCCGCACCAGGCCCUGCUCCACAGCGCCAAUCGGCCAGAGGCCGAGUGUGUGGGCGAGGGCCUGGCCUGCUACCCGCUGUGCGCCCAUGGGCACUGCUGGGGUCCGGGGCCCACCCAGUGCGUCAACUGCAGCCAAUUCCUUCGGGGCCAGGAGUGCGUGGAGGAAUGCCGAGUACUGCAGGGGCUACCCCGGGAGUAUGUGAAGGACAGGUACUGUCUCCCGUGCCACUCCGAGUGUCGGCCGCAGAAUGGCUCAGUGACCUGCUUUGGGUCGGAAGCUGACCAGUGUGUGGCCUGCGCCCACUACAAGGACAAUCCCUUCUGCGUGUCUCGCUGCCCCAGUGGCGUGAAACCCGACCUCUCCUUCAUGCCCAUUUGGAAGUUCGCCGAUGAGGAGGGCACGUGCCAGCCGUGCCCCAUCAACUGCACCCACUCCUGUGCGGAUCUGGACGAGAGGGGCUGCCCCGCCGAGCAGAGAGCCAGCCCUGUGACGUCCAUUAUUGCCGCUGUGGUGGGCAUUCUGCUGGCCGUGCUUGUGGGGCUGGUCCUCGGCAUCCUAAUCAAGCGAAGGCGGCAGAAGAUCCGCAAGUACACGAUGCGAAGGCUGCUGCAGGAAACCGAGCUGGUGGAGCCGCUGACGCCUAGCGGAGCCAUGCCCAACCAGGCUCAGAUGCGGAUCCUGAAAGAGACAGAACUGAGGAAGGUGAAAGUGCUUGGAUCCGGAGCCUUUGGCACCGUUUACAAGGGCAUCUGGAUCCCUGAUGGGGAAAAUGUGAAGAUCCCAGUGGCCAUUAAAGUGUUGAGGGAAAACACAUCUCCCAAAGCCAACAAAGAAAUCUUGGACGAAGCAUAUGUGAUGGCUGGCGUGGGCUCCCCAUAUGUGUCCCGCCUUCUGGGCAUCUGCCUGACAUCCACAGUGCAGCUGGUGACACAGCUUAUGCCCUAUGGCUGCCUCUUAGACCACGUCCGAGAGCACCGUGGGCGCCUGGGCUCCCAGGACCUGCUGAACUGGUGUGUGCAGAUCGCUAAGGGGAUGAGCUACUUGGAGGACGUUCGGCUGGUGCACAGGGACCUGGCUGCCCGGAACGUGCUGGUCAAGAGUCCCAACCAUGUCAAGAUAACAGACUUUGGGCUGGCUCGGUUGCUGGACAUUGACGAGACCGAGUACCACGCGGAUGGGGGCAAGGUGCCCAUCAAGUGGAUGGCGCUGGAGUCCAUUCUCCGCCGGCGGUUCACCCACCAGAGUGACGUGUGGAGCUAUGGUGUGACUGUGUGGGAACUGAUGACUUUUGGGGCCAAACCUUACGAUGGGAUCCCAGCCCGGGAGAUCCCUGACCUGCUGGAAAAGGGGGAACGGCUGCCCCAGCCCCCCAUCUGCACCAUUGACGUCUACAUGAUCAUGGUCAAAUGUUGGAUGAUAGACUCUGAAUGUCGACCACGGUUCCGGGAGUUGGUGGCCGAAUUCUCCCGCAUGGCCAGGGACCCCCAGCGCUUCGUGGUCAUCCAGAAUGAAGACUUGGGCCCCGCCAGCCCACUGGACAGCACCUUCUACCGCUCGCUGCUGGAAGAUGAUGACAUGGGGGACCUGGUGGAUGCUGAGGAGUACCUGGUGCCCCGGCAGGGGUUCUUCUGCCCCGACCCUGCCCCAGGUGCUGGGGGCCUGGCCCACCGCAGGCACCGCAGCUCGUCCACGAGGAGUGGCGGUGGUGAGCUGACAAUGGGACUGGAGCCCUCCGAGGAGGAGCCCCCAAAGUCUCCACGGGCACCCUCAGAGGGGGCUGGCUCUGACGUGUUUGAUGGCGACUUGGGAAUGGGGGCAGCCAAGGGGCUGCAGAGCCUUCCCCCACAGGACCCCAGCCCUCUACAGCGGUACAGUGAGGACCCUACUGCACCCCUGGCCCCAGAGACUGAUGGCUAUGUUGUCCCCCUGACCUGCAGCCCCCAGCCUGAAUACGUGAACCAGCCGGAGGUUUGGCCGCAGCCCCCCUCGCCCCUAGAAGGCCCUCUGCCUCCUUCUCGACCUGCCGGUGCCACUCUGGAAAGGCCCAAGACUCUGUCCCCCAAGACUCUCUCCCCUGGCAAGAAUGGGGUUGUCAAAGACAUUUUUGCCUUUGGGAGUGCUGUGGAGAACCCUGAGUACUUGGUACCCCAGGGCAGGGCUGCCCCUCAGCCCCACCCUCCUCCAGCCUUCAGUCCAGCCUUUGACAACCUCUAUUACUGGGACCAGGACCCAUCAGAGCGGGGCUCUCCACCCAGCACCUUUGAAGGGACCCCUACAGCAGAGAACCCUGAGUACCUGGGCCUGGAUGUGCCAGUGUGAGCCAGAAGUCCCAAGUCUGCCGAGGCCCUGCUGAACCCUCAGGGAGUGGGGAAGGCCUGACUUCUGGCCCAAGUUGGGGUGAGGCAGGAAAUGGGCCCUUGGCCCUGAAUCCAGGGCAUCCUGCUGCACUGGGAACCAAACUUCCUCCUCCAAAUCCCAGAGAGGGGCUCAGCCUGGUUGGUCAAGGGGACAGCACUGGGGAGUCUUGAGCGACGUUGGAGCCCUGCCCAGCCAACUCUUCGGUCCCAUGGAUGCCACAGCCAGUCUCCUCACUUGAGGGAGCAGCUCACUUAUUCCAGAUCUUUGACAUUGAAGGACAUGGGAAAGCUGGGCCUCGAAGGGGAGGAGGCUCUAAGGAAGAGUCUUAAGCAAGAGCUGCCCAUUCAGAGACUGUCCCUGAGACCUAGCUCUGCGCCCUGGAAGACGGGAGCAGCAAAGCCGCCAGAUCAGUCCUUGUACAGAGUGCUUUUCUUGUUUUUACUUUUUUUU